AUGGUUCUCUCGACUACUAUUGACAAUCCAUUUGAAGUCAUCGAUUCAUUGGAUCAGUUGGACCAAAGACAGGCAUUACAGCCCCGGCUAUUCCUUAAGACAACUGACAUCCACUCCAUUCAAAAACAAGCUAAUUCUAUGGAGAGUCGAGUCCUAAAUAAAGCGAUGACUAAAAAUGAGACCAAUUACAUUGAUGAAACACACAGAGACUUCUACCAUGAUUUAGACCCAUUAAUGGUAACCAUUCGCGACAAUAAGACCCAUGUAUUGGUCUCAUCAUUCUUCGACAUCGAGAUUGUGAUGACAAUCAAUCCAUCGCUUUAUAGCCAAACACUUCACGUCUCAGACAAUAAAUACUUUGACAAAGCGUUUGGCUUUGCUGUCCAUAAACAUUGCGAUCCAUAUCUCAUGAGAAUAUACGCCAAUUUAAUUAAAGAUGUAUUGGAGACAGGUCUAUGGGACAAAUGGAAGGAGCAGGCUGCUGUGUUUGCUUACUCCAUAUUUGUCCACGAUGGCUAUCAAGUACCAUCUGUUCAUAAUGAAGAUCGUAUGCAAUUGGAUGAAACCAAAGUAGCUUUGGGUCCCUAUAUUCUG